CGCGUGCGCGGGGCUGGAACCACUGUCAGAAGGCGUAGAGAUGGCGGCUGAGAUGGUGUCCACAGAGGAAGCGUCGCCUGAGCCAAUGACUUUGGAACAACCUGCGGAGCUGCCAGCUUCGGUGCGGGCGAGCAUCGAGCGGAAGAGACAGCAGGCACUGAUGCUGCGCCAGGCCCGGCUGGCGGCCCGGCCCUACCCGGCGACGGCGGCUGCUACUACUGGAGGCAUGGUGAAUGUGAAAGCAGCCCCAAAGGUAAUUGACACAGGAGGAGGCUUCAUUUUGGAAGAGGAAGAAGAGGAGGAACAUAAAAUUGGGAAAGUUGUUCAUCAACCAGGACCUGUUAUGGAAUUUGAUUAUACAAUAUGUGAAGAAUGUGGGAAAGAAUUUAUGGAUUCUUACCUAAUGAACCACUUUGAUUUAGCAACUUGUGAUAACUGCAGAGAUGCUGAUGAUAAACACAAACUUAUAACCAAAACAGAAGCAAAACAAGAAUACCUUCUGAAAGACUGUGACUUAGAAAAGAGAGAACCAGCCCUUAAAUUUAUUGUGAAGAAGAAUCCUCAUCGUUCCCAGUGGGGUGAUAUGAAACUCUACUUAAAAUUACAGGUUGUGAAAAGGUCUCUUGAAGUUUGGGGUAGUCAGGAAGUGUUAGAAGAAGAAAAGGAAGUUCGACAGAGAAACCGGGAAAAAAUGAAACAGAAGAAGUUUGAUAAAAAAGUGAAAGAAUUGCGGCGAACAAUAAGAAGCAGUGUAUGGAAACGGGAGACAGCUGCACAUCACCAUGAGUAUGGACCAGAAGAAAACCUAGAAGAUGACAUGUACCGAAAGAUUUGUACUCUGUGCGGCCAUGAAUUGACUUAUGAGAAAAUGUGA